UUCAGUUAAUAGUUGCUACUCUAUUCGAAAACUCAAAUCAUCAUGUCUGGACGUGGUAAAGGAGGCAAAGUUAAGGGAAAGGCAAAGUCCCGCUCGAAUCGUGCUGGUCUUCAGUUCCCUGUGGGCCGUAUUCACCGUCUGUUGAGGAAAGGAAACUAUGCCGAACGUGUUGGAGCCGGAGCACCCGUCUAUCUGGCGGCUGUGAUGGAAUACCUCGCUGCCGAAGUGUUGGAAUUGGCAGGAAACGCUGCCCGUGAUAAUAAGAAGACCAGAAUCAUCCCGCGUCAUCUGCAGCUGGCCAUUCGUAACGAUGAGGAGUUGAACAAACUGCUCUCCGGAGUGACCAUUGCUCAGGGUGGUGUUCUACCAAACAUCCAAGCCGUGCUACUGCCCAAGAAGACCGAAAAGAAGGCCUAAAUCGAACGGCGAACAAACCCUUUUUCAAACCGUCCUUUUCAGGACGACCACAUAUUUGCGAUAAAGAUGAAAUUGAAAUUGUUUCCGAUGGGACACAUUGUUUCAGAAACAAUGCAACUGACUAUCAUAACUGAGGAUCUCAUAGAUUGGAUUACAAUGCAGCUCGUUGAUAUUUAUUCAUCUCGAAAUCAAUCAAAUGAUAAAUUUAAUUGGAAUCAAUGCUAUUGUAUAGUUACACAACCAUUUAUAAACCAACAGAAGCUCAAUGCUGAGGUUUUACUUAAAAAUA